AUGACGCAGGAUAGCAGAGAAAAAAAGAAAGUGCGUGAUUGUAUGAGAGCAGAGACAUUGAGAGGAAAUGAUGUUUCAUGCUGUGCUGACACGAGUAGAGAGCAUUCGCAGAGAAGCAAAGAGGAAGUGGAGGAGCGGAGAGUGAUAGUGUGUUGUGGCGAAGCGAUGAGGACGCACUGCUUCUUCUCUUCUCCCUACCGUCUCCAUGGCCGUCGCCCUAUCGUAGUGUCGUGUCUGUGUCUGUCGGUGUAUGUAUGUAUGUAUGUGUUCCGGUCGAUACUGUAUGGUACCAUAUCGUCCCACCCGCGUGAAUGUAUGUCAGUGAAUGUUCAUAUGUGUGUCAUCUGCAUGGAUGUGCAUGUGGGAUACACACACGUGCGUGUGAAUGUUCCGUGA